AUUCUUCUCGCUGUGUAACCCAGAACGGCCUGGAAUGUUCCACCCCCACCCCCGUAGCCUCCGCGCGGUGAUCGCGCACAGAUUAGACGUCACAGCGCCGCUGUAAGCCGGGGCUGAGGCCACAGAGCUGGAGACGGCUCGCAGCACAAGAAAUUUGAAAGGCUGUCCUCAACCAGUGAACCUGGACACCGCAAAUCAUGUUGUGCUGGGGAAAUGCCUCCUUUGGACAGCUGGGUUUAGGAGGAAUCGAUGAAGAAAUUGUAGUAGAGCCCAGAAGGUGUGACUUUUUUCUAAAUAAAAACGUCCGUGAUGUGGGAUGUGGAAGCAGACACACCGUUUUUGUUUUGGAUGAUGGAACAGUUUAUACCUGUGGGUGUAAUGAUCUUGGCCAAUUGGGACAUGACAGAGGCAGAAAAAAGCCUGAACAGGUUGGAGCUCUGGACGCACAGAACAUCGUUGCAGUUUCAUGUGGAGAAGCUCACACCUUGGCGCUAAAUGACAAAGGCCAAGUGUUUUCGUGGGGUCUUGCUGUUGAUGGACAAAUCGGCAUUUCUACAGUAGAAGAAUAUGUCAGAGUUCCAAGAAAUAUAAAGAGUCUCUCUGAAGUACAUAUUAUUGAAGUGGCCUGUGGAUACCAUCAUUCGCUCGCUCUUUCCAGAGAAAGUAAUAUUUAUGCAUGGGGGCAAAACCGACAUGGACAACUUGGUUUGGGCUAUGAGAGGAAGAGAGAAUCCUCACCAAGGCACAUCAAAUCAUUGUCAGGAAUCCCUUUCUCACAGAUUGCUGCAGGAGGAGCCCACAGUUUUGCUUUAACGCUUUCAGGGGCCGUUUUUGGCUGGGGACGUAACAAGUUUGGACAGCUCGGCCUAAAUGAUGAAGUUGACAGGCAUGUUCCUGCCCUUUUGAAGUCUCUCCGGUCUCAGAAAAUUGUACAUAUUUGCUGUGGAGAAGAUCACACUGCUGCAUUAACAAAGGAGGGUGGUGUGUUCACAUUUGGAGCUGGAGGAUAUGGACAGCUUGGGCACAAUUCCACAAACCAUGAAAUCAACCCAAGAAAAGUAUUUGAGCUCAUGGGAAGUAUUGUCACGCAGAUUGCAUGUGGGAGGCAGCACACAUUGGCUUUUGUCCCUUCAUCUGGACGAAUUUAUUCUUUUGGUCUUGGCGGCAAUGGGCAAUUAGGAACGGGGUCAACAUGUAAUAGAAAAAGCCCAUUUACUGUUAAAGGGAACUGGAUGUCCCACAGUGACAACUGCCAGUGUGCUCACAAUUCAGAAGCGUAUUUCUGCGUGAAGAAAAUAUUCUCUGGCGGGGACCAAAGUUUUGCGCAUUACUUUCACGUACAGAACGGUCUCCCUCCAGAUGACUUCAGGAAAUGUAAUUGUUCCAGACAAAUAUGGACAGUAAACAAUGAGCUUGUUCAAAGAUGGAUGCAGUUCUCAUCUGGCAGACUUCCUUUAGAGAUAAUUAAUGAGAUUGACACAGUUUUUUCAUCAGCUGCUUGUUUAAAUGGAAGUUUCCUUUCUACCAGCAACAAUGAUCACUUCAGAACCAGUACCAAGUUCUCAGGGAUAGACAUGAAUGCUGCUAGACUCCUUUUUCACAAACUAAUCAACCCAGCACAGCCACUAAUUGCACAGCAGGUGGCUGCCAGUCUGGAGAAAAACCUCAUACCAAACCUAACAAGCUCACCUCCUGAUAUUGAGUGCUUAAGGCUUUAUCUCACUCUCCCAGAGUGUCCGCUUAUGACUGAUGGAAACAACUUUUUAUCGUUGGCAAUUCCUUUUGGGACAGCAAUUAUCAAUUUAGAAAAGGCACCCUUAAAGGUUCUAAAAAAUUGGUGGUCAUUACUCGAACAUCCAUUGUUCAUGAAAAUAGUUCAGCUAUUUAAAGAUAUUGUUCUACAUCUUUUGAAACUUACAAAAAUUGGAAUUCCUGUUUCGGAAAGAAGAAUUUUCAACACAUUUUUGAACACAGCCCUGAAGGUUUUGGAGAUUCUACAUGGAGUAAAUGAGUCUGGGCAAAUUAUUCCCUAUGACAAGUUCUACAUUCAGGAAGUACAAGAUUUUAUAGAUAUCCGAAAUGACUAUAUUAAUUGGAUCCAGCAGCAGGCGUUUGGAAUGGAUGUGAACCAUGGAUUAGCUGAGGGUCCUGAUGUUCCCGUUACAAUUUGUACAUAUCCAUUUGUUUUUGAUGCCCAAGCAAAAACUACACUGUUGCAGACGGAUGCUGUUCUUCAAAUGCAGAUGGCAAUGGACCAGGCCCACAGACAGAACUUUUCGUCCUUGUUUCUUCCAGUAGUUGAAUCUGUAGAUCCUUGUCUUAUCUUGAUUGUGCGCAGAGACAAUAUUGUAGGGGAUGCUAUGGAGGUCCUAAGGAAAACCAAGAAUAUUGAUUACAAAAAGCCACUCAAGGUAAUAUUUGUAGGAGAAGAAGCGGUUGAUGCAGGCGGAGUCCGUAAGGAGUUUUUCUUGCUCAUCAUGAGAGAGCUGUUGGAUCCAAAGUACGGCAUGUUCCGGUAUUACGAAGACUCAAGACUUAUCUGGUUUUCUGAUCAGACUUUUGAAGACAGCGAUUUGUUCCAUCUAAUUGGUGUCGUCUGUGGGUUAGCAAUCUAUAACUUUACCAUUGUUGACCUGCACUUCCCUUUAGCCUUAUACAAGAAGCUUUUGAAAAAGAAGCCUACUCUGGAUGAUUUAAAAGAAUUAAUGCCUGAUGUUGGAAGGAGCAUGCAGCAGUUGUUGGACUAUUCCGAAGAUGACAUUGAAGAGACAUUCUGUCUGAAUUUUACAAUAACUGUGGAAAACUUUGGAGCGACAGAAGUAAAGGAGUUGAUUCCGAAUGGUGCAGAGACUCCAGUCAACGAGAAUAACAAACAAAACUUUGUAAAUGCCUAUGUGGACUACAUCUUUAAUCACUCAGUGGCUUCCUUAUUUAAUGCAUUUAGUGCCGGCUUUCAUAAAGUAUGUGGAGGUAAAGUUCUUGAGCUCUUUCAACCAAAUGAGCUGCAAGCCAUGGUGAUUGGCAAUACCAACUAUGACUGGAAAGAACUGGAAAACAAUACAGAGUACAAAGGCGAAUACUGGGCAGAUCAUCAUACCAUUAAAAUGUUCUGGGAGGUGUUUCAUGAGUUGCCUCUUGAAAAGAAAAAACAAUUCCUUUUAUUUCUUACCGGCAGUGACCGAAUUCCCAUUCUUGGAAUGAAAAGUUUGAAGCUUGUAAUCCAGCCAACAGGGGGAGGGAACAGUUUCCUGCCUGUCGCUCACACUUGCUUCAAUCUGCUGGAUCUUCCCAAAUAUACUGAUAAAGAAACUCUAAAAUCCAAGCUCAUUCAAGCUAUAGAUCACUAUGAAGGUUUCAGCCUUGUAUAAGUAUUGGAGGAAUUGCUGUGAUCAGCUGUGCAAAUCUUUUUAUUAUUAAUAAUCAAGCAAGCCCAACACAUGCUUUUCUAUGUAAUAUCCACAUGGUUACCAUAUAGAUAUUUGAAAUUAAAUGAAAACAGUGUACAGGAUGUGUAAUGUAGAUACAGCAGGCAUUUGUUGUACAUAACCCUGAAUGUGACUAUCUCCAUCUUAAGAUAUAUUGGGGAUAUGAAAAUAUGAUUUUUUUUCAUCUGUUGAUGAAUUUCUGAUCACAUGUUUACUUUUUCUCUAUAUGCACCUUGAAAUCUUUCCUCUGCAGAGCUACAAUAAAGUGUUUUUACAUUAGAA